AUGAUGAAAUCAUUCCUUCUCGUUCUCUUUGCCGUCCUGGCGUCCAAUGCGUUUGCCUUCGCACCUGCAAUUAAUUCCCCAGUCAAGUCAAGAUCCGUGGCAGCACCACCGGUCACCUCACUGAAUGUCUUUGGAAACAAGAAGUCCGCUGCAAGCAAGGCCGAGGAAGAAGAAAAGGAGUCCAAGUUCUGGCAAGGAGAGUGGGUCUGUGCUGACUGUGGAUACAUCUACAACAGAGCUGAAUGUGCAGGCAUGUACUUUGAGGAACAGGGACCUGGAUUCCGUUGCCCGCAAUGCUCCGGUCCUCGUCGUCGAUAUGCCAAGAAGGUUGGAGAUCGGGUUGGAACCACUUUGGAUGGAGGUGAUGCUCCCAUUCUUAUCUUUUCCUUUGGUGGAGUAUUCUUAACAAUUCUGUUUGGUUUCUGGGCUGUCAAUAAUUUGUAA